CUCGCCCGGGCUGCCCGGGCUCCCGCCGCCUGGCUCUCACCCGCCAUGCUUCGGUUGCCUUUGCAGUGUGUCCUCUGGGGCUGCUUGCUGUCCACCGUCUUCCCGGCGUCUCCCACUCCCUGUAGAAAAAACCAGUACCAAGUAAACAACCACUGCUGCGAUUUGUGCCCUCCAGGAGAGAGACUGACCACUGACUGCACGGAGGACAUACAAACCAAAUGCUCACCUUGUGAGCAGGACGAAUUCUCAGACAGCUGGAACAGAGAGCCACGCUGUCACCAGCACAAGUACUGCGACAAUAACCUAGGGCUCCAAGAACGGAGCAAGGGCACCUCGGAGACAGACACCAUCUGCGCUUGUCAAGAUGGUAAACACUGCAGCAGCCAUGCCUGUGAGCUCUGUGUCCCCCACACCUCCUGUUCUGUAGGCUUUGGAGUGAAGCAGAAGGCCACAGAGGUUUCUGAUACCAUCUGCGAACCCUGCCCCGAUGGCUUCUUCUCCAACAUAUCGUCUGCCUCGGAAAGCUGCCGGCCUUGGACAAGCUGUGAGGCCCAGAACCUGGUGGUGCUACAGGCGGGGACCGACAAGACUGAUGUGCGCUGUGGUUCCCAUGACCGGAAGAGGGGCCUGCUGUUAAUCCCCGUGGUGCUGGUGGCCCUGAUGACUGUGCUGCUGGUAUCGGUUUAUAUCCGUGAGUGCCGGGUGUGGAGGGGAAGAGCAGGGCAGGAGCCAGUGCUCCUGUUUCCUAAUCCUAGGCAGGAUCCCGUGGAGACGGAAGACCUCCCCGGCCACAACACAGCCGCACCGGUGCAGGAGACGCUGCAUGGGUGCCAGCCGGUCACCCAGGAGGAUGGCAAGGAAAGCCGCAUUGCUGUACAGGAACAUCAGUGAGGUUGACUGUCCAGAACGUGACAGUCCGACGCAGGACCUCUAGAGGGACAGGCCUGGGCAGGGGGCUGGCCCUGGCUGGGACCCUUUGCCCUGAAUGGACCAGAACACAUGGCCAAGGAGAACAGCUCACCCAACAUGGUACACCUCCCAUCCCCCAGUCUGCUGUUAGCCAAACUUUGUGGGAGGGAAGGGAUGGUGCAUAGCGUGAUAAGAGCCACCCAUGCCCUGGUCCCGGCACUUUGGUGCCCAGAGACCUGUAGGGGCAGCUUCCCUGUGUCCAGGGACACAUGCACACACAGUGUUCAUUGCUGUGCUGUGUGGUGGCAAACUCCCAGAAGACACUUAGCUGUCCAUCAGCAGGGCCUGGAAUGCUCAGUAAAACGGCACUGUAUUUAUACAACUCGGUUCAGAAACCUUGUGGCAUGGUAUGGUGGGGGUGGCAUGUGUGUGGACACUCUUGGUUAAAGGACACACAAGCCCAAAGCAAUGUGAACCGUGGACAUGUGGGAUACCCAUGAUACUUCCAGACACAGGGGCAUCCUGGGGGUCUGGGAGGACACGGAGAACUCACACCGCCAAGCAUGGUGACAUCUGGGGGUCUGUGGGAGGUUUGGUGCAAGGGAACGUGGCUUUCCCAUGAUGCUUCACUCCUUCCCUAUGAGGCUGGAUCGGUACAGUGCUUAUGCAAUUAAACACGAAACGAACCCCGGGGGCGGGCGUGCUGGGUGCUGUUGAAGUGUAGGCUCCAGGACACUCUCUGUCCCCAGGCUGCGGGCCUUCGGGCGGCCUCCAUGGGCUCACCCCGCUGUGCCAAGCUUCCUGUUCUGGGGCAGACAGAGUUUGCAUUGCACUCACACAGAGGUGGAAAUGGGGUUGGUGGGAGAACAGAGAGGUGCAGGGGCCUGUCUGUGGUCACACAGGAAGGUGGGUUGUGCUUGGUUGUCAGCCUCUGGACGGUGGGGUGGGGGGACCCUGUGUCCCCGCCCCCACCCUCUGAUGUUUCCACUCCAUGGGAGCUGCUGUCCUCGGUCGGAUGGUGCCCCCGUCCCCCCGAGCAGCCACUCAGGAUAAAAAUAAACCACCCUCUUCUCUUUU